AUGUUCAAGAAACUAGAGGAUCUUUCCAAACCAACAUUGCUAUCCAAAACUGGAGUGAAGGAAUUAAAGCAAUCAUUAACUGAUCAAUACCCUUUUUUCAAGGAAGUCGAGGAUGAGAUUUUUCCUAAAAAAGCCAAUAUCCAAUCAUUUAAGCUGAGGAGCGAAUACAAAGUUGAAAUAGUCUAAGUUGAUAAAGAUUAUGCUUGCUUCACUAAAGAAAAUCUAGUCAUUCCACAUUUGAGAUUAGUCCACAAAUUUCCAGAUCUCUUAAUCAAAUAAUAAGUUGAUGCAGGAGCAAUUAAGCAUAUUUUAAGCGGUUCCGAUGUUUUAGCUCCAGGAUUGAUGUCUUAAGGAGGGCAACUAAAUCAAGCAUAAAAAGGAUAGGUCAUAGCCAUAUAUGGAGAAGGCAAAGAGAAUGCUAUUGGAAUAGGCAUUAUGAAUGCAAGUUCUGAUCAAAUUAAAGCAGAUCCAAAAGGCCAUGCAAUUCAAUUGCUACAUAAUUUAGGCGAUGCCUUGUGGUAAUUAAGUUUCAAAUGA